AUGUUAUGGUAUUGCCUUUUUCGUCUUAAGAGGCAAAGAAUGUACGCAUUGGCUAACAAAAUCAAGAGCCCUGAUGAACACCAUCCCGUUUUUGGAAUUGCCCUGAACGUUUUAGGAAGCACUGAAGAUAUAAUGAAUAAAAUGAAAACAUACAGUGAAUUCACCACUGAAUCCAACGGUAUUGCUAAAGCUUGGCUUGGACCCUUGUUAUAUUGCAUGAUCACUGAUCCAAAUAUGCUGGAAGUAUUAUUAAAGAAACAUUUAGAAAAAGACGAGUUACAUCGCUUUAUACGCGCCCUGGUGGGUAACGCUUCUAUAUUUGCACCAGUCUCAGUGUGGAGGCCGCGACGAAAAAUUGCUGUUCCUGCGUUUAGUCCGAGAAUUUUGGCAAGUUUCGUUGAUGUUUUUGCUGCGAGAGCUGACGAAUUGUCAAAACUACUAACGCCUAAGGCUGGAACUGGAAAUUUCAAAAUUUGGUCAUAUGUUAACGCGUAUAGUUUAGAUGCUAUUAUGGAAACAGCUAUGGGUACACAAAUAAAAGCACAACAGAAUCAGGACAAUGUAAUACUAAAGGCUGUGAACGAAUCCCUUCGACUGUCGUGUGAGAGAAUAUUUCAUCUAUGGCUGCAACCUGCCUGGUUAUACUGGUUCUUCCCACAACACGCCAAAUUGAUGUACUACACGAAAAUAGUACACGACUUUACAGAUAAGAUCAUUGCUGAAAAAAAGAUGCAACUAAGCUCACCAAACACUGAAUUUCAGACAGAUGAAAAGCCUGAUGUAGUGAAAAGUUGUAUUGAAACGACAUUUCUCGAUCUCUUGAUAACGCAGUCAGGGGGCUACAACGAUUUAGAGCUGCGUGAAGAAGUGUUGACAUUCAUUGUCGCAGCGAUGGACACUUCAGCUGUAACUAUCAGCUUCACUCUGAAAGUCCUGGGCAAAUAUCCGAAAGUUCAAGAGAAAGUGUUUGAAGAGUUAGAAGCAGUGUUUGGAGAUUCUGAUCGCCUAUUACAUAGAAACGAUUUGCCAAAAUUACAAUAUUUAGAACGAGUUAUUAAGGAGACACUUAGACUCUUUCCCUCUGUGCCUUUCAUUAUACGAACAGCUGAAGAGGAUACAUAUAUUGAUGAAGACAUAACUAUACCCAAAGGAUCUGGAAUAAUAGUCUCUAUAUGGGGAGUCCAUAGAAACCCAAAGAUUUGGGGACCAGACGCUCUUUCCUUUGAUCCCGACCGAUUCCUGCCAGAAAGAUGCAAAAAUCUCCAUCCUUGCUCUUACAUACCGUUCAGCUAUGGACCCCGAAAUUGUCUUGGUUAUCAAUACGCAAUGAUGUCUAUGAAGACUGCGCUGUCCUCUAUACUACGUCGCUACCGUGUUGUCGGCGAGCCAGAAAAGGGACCGGUACCACACAUUCCAGUUAAGCUGGAAGUCAUGUUGAAAGCAGUGGAUGGCUAUGAAGUCGCCCUGGAGUUAAGAUGA